AUGGAACGCUUUAUUGCGGUCAAGGCUGUCAAGAGAGAUACGGGCAAGUUUACAGGAAGACAAUAUACUCUCACGAUACCUGACGUCGCUGCAGAAUCUGCGAUGCAAGUGAAGGCACAAAUCGUGCUACAACCGUCGAGUAUUGUGGUCCGAAUCAUGAUGGACAACAUUGCAGUGCCGGACAGUGUUGUUCUUCAGAUGGGGACUGGUCUUGAUUUCUGUGCUGUCCCAGUAAAUUGCCAACAAGAAUUUGGCAUUUGCGACUCUGACACCACUCCAGCAGGGUACAAUAUGUCAGUGGAUCCAAGAGGAGAGGAAGGCCAGAUCGCAUAUGGGCAGCCCAUCCGCAACUGCUACGUUCCUAAAACUAUUGCCCUUACAUACGACGAUGGUCCAUCACAAAACACCGAUGAGCUGCUGGAUAUUCUCGACGAAGCUGGUGCAAAGGCAACCUUCUUCAUUACAGGGAAUAGCAAUGGCAAAGGUCCCAUCGACACGACGCGCAAGUGGACGGAUGUGAUCAAGCGUAUGGUCCAGGAGGGGCACCAAAUUGCCUCCCAUACUUGGUCUCAUGAUAACAUGGACGAGAUGGGGUCGCAAGCUCGCCGGCUCGACAUGGCUCAGAACGAGAGGGCACUCGCCAACAUCUUAGGCAAAUAUCCGGCAUACAUGCGGCCGCCUUACCUCCAAUGCAGCAACCACACCGGUUGUCUUAGCGACAUGAGAGACCUUGGAUACCAUGUUAUUUCGUAUGCGUUUGACAGCGGGGACUGGAUGGAUCCUGACAAUUUCACUGCAAUGGCAGAGAGGGUUGACCAGGCGUUAGAGAGCGGAGAUGAGCAAGGAAGCAGGAUGCUGCUGAUCCAGCACGAUACAGUCCGCACGUCAGCCAUCGACCUUACCAAAUAUAUCCUGGACGUGGUCUCCCAAAGAGGAUGGAAAGGCUCGUACCAGCUGUUACUGUCGGAGAGUGUCUUGAUGAUGAUCCCGAACGGUGGUAUCGGGAUCCGGCUUGGAUCAGCGUUGGCUCAAGUUGAAAGAUUUACCAACAAGGUCGAAUGCUUCGAAAGCAAUGCUCAAUGUGAGCAAGAUGCGUUGGAAUGCACGAACUCGAGCAGGACAGACAAGACAACGUGUGAGAGAUUGGAGACGAUCUGCAGCAUGCAAUUCCUCUUCUGCUCGACCUGUGGACAAGCCGAGCUCCCUUGUGAGAUCGAGAAAUUCUACGUCGACAAGCAAGCGUGA